AUGAACGACGACCGUGAAACUGCCCGGCUCUGGCGCGUCAACCGCACGAUUCAUGAGCUAGUUGCUGAUAGAGGCUAUGAGGUAUCUGAAGAGGAAUUGAAUGUGGACCUCGAUACAUUUAAGGCAGAAGUCACAUCGAAUGGAAUUGUCGACAGGAAUCGCAUGAACUUUUUCACACAGCACAAGGAUAAGCCAGAAGAGCGCUUGUUUGUGUUUUAUUCAACAGAGCGAAACGUGGGCGUCAAGACAAUGCGACAGUUUAUCAACAUUCUUGAAGAGAAAAACAUCACAAGAGGCAUUAUUAUUUGGAGCGAUAAAAUGACAAGCGCUGCUAAGAAGGUGAUUGAGGCCAUGCGUCUUCAGCUUGUGCUGGAGGAUUUUGAGGAAGCGUUCCUGCUCGUAAAUAUCACGCACCACCAGCUGGUACCUAAGCAUGAGGUGCUUACGCCGGACGAGAAAAAGGAACUCCUGCACCGCUAG